AUGGCGCUGAUCGUGCUCCUCACCCUGGCGGCAUUCCUGGCCGCCCCAGUCAGCGCCCAGUGGAAGUCGGGGCGCGCCACUUUCUAUGGCACUGAUGCCUGGAGCAUCCACACUGGCUCCUGCCAGUAUGGCCAGCUUGCAGAGGACGUGGGCACAGGCUGGGAUAUCGCAGCGCUCACAGAUGUCGCCCCGGAUUACAGGGGCAGCUGCGGCCGCUGCAAGGAGGUCAAGUGCAAGCCCACCGGCUUCAAGGACGGGUACGGCUCCUGGCUGGACCGUUCCAACGUCUGCUACGACACCAGUGCCUCUGUCGUGGUCAUGAUCACCGACACCUGCCCCUGCCACUACCCCGGCAACUACAACUCCAACAAGCGCUGGUGCUGCGGCGACAUGUACCACAUGGACCUCUCCCUGUGGGCCUUUGAGAAGCUGGCGGAUACCAAGUGGGGCGUCAUCGCCCUCGAGUGGCGUGACGUCAGCUGCAGUUAUCGCCCGGCUAAGGCCGCCAAGCGCCCGUGGGGCGGCAAGACCAAGAUGCCCGACUGGUACAAGCCCCGCCCCGGGUGGAACCGCUGGAUGGACAAGCGCCUGGCCUUCCUCAACAAGGACUUCAACAACAAGGGCUUCAACAAGGGCCGCAAGAUGGUGUGA